AUGAAACGGCUCGGAGGAGACAGCUUCCUGUUCUGUGGCGUGAAGUUCAACAUGGUGUCACACAACUCCGUCAAGCCAGAGACGAGAAGGCGACUUCUGGACAUGGCUCGGGAGCACCGGAGUGACACUUCACAACAAACAGCAGCCAGGGACGAAGAGCAGGGGACCGAGAACCAGGUUUCUCCCUCUGUCAUUGAGAUCUCUAUGACUGAAGAAGAAGAAGAAGAAGAACAAGAACAAGAAGAGAGGCCCAAGCUAGUGCAAAUGGAAGAGAAGGCGUUUGUAUCAGGUCUGCACUCGUUCAUGAAGGACAGAGGUACACCUAUAGAAAGGAUCCCACAUCUGGGCUUCAGGCAGAUUAAUCUUUGGAGGAUCUACAAAGCUGUUGAGAAACUUGGGGGCUAUGAUUCAGUGACAUCAGGGCGUCUUUGGAAGAAAGUGUAUGAUGAGCUGGGAGGAAGUCCAGGGAGCACCAGCGCUGCUACUUGCACUCGCAGACACUAUGAGAAGCUGGUGCUGCCCUUUGAACGACAAACAAAAGGAGAGGAGGACCGACCUCUGCCUCCAAGCAAACUGCGGAAGCCAUAUAAAAGAAACGUGGACGGCAAGGUCACCAAGGCUGAGAGGAAGAGGAAGAGGAGUCCGUCGGAUAGAGAGAUGGACUCAGAGAUAGAGAUACACAGCGAGAGAAGUCCAGAGGCUGCCUGCCGAAGUGAAGCCGUGAUGCAACCUCACCCCUGGGCCGCCCCGCCAGACCGCUCUUUGCCAAACCGAGCCACCGCCGGUCUUUGCACUUCUGUCUCUGCCCACCUCGCCCAGGCCCCCACGUCCAGCCCCUGGACUGCUCCUCUCCCGCCUGCUGCCGGAGAGGUCAUCUCUCCUCUGGAGAAAAAAAAGCGGAUGGCCCAGGCGAGCCUGAACUUGCCACUGAAUCCUCCUCACACCGAGGAUAACGAAAGGCCCUCCGUCAUCCGCCGCUCCCAGUCUCCGGCCCGGGCUUCUUCCAGCCGGAACUGCGACUCCUCCGACAGCUCGCCGCUGCCUUCGUCCCCGUCCUCUUCACGCAGCCCCUCCCCUUACUCUGUUUCAUCAGAGGACGGCCCGGAAGGAAAUGAAGUUUAUCCUGCAUCAGGGUCCCCACUUUCCCAAAACUGUACUAGCGCUGUGAAAAAUACACCAAGCUGUAGUGAGGAAAGGAAGUGUAGUCAGAUACCCAAAGACCCUGCAAGACAGAAUAAAGACAUCAGCUCCCAAUCCGCAGACUCCAUUAAAGUCCAGAAUAAAGACUCGGACUGGAUGCCUCUUCACAAAGGGAGAGGCAAAUAUUCCAGCCAAACUCUCCAGUCAUUCUCCUCUUCCACGGUGAGAUCGGAUUGGGCUUCAACAUCUACCUCUAGUUUCACCAAAGUUAUUCCAAAAUCUGUGCAGCUUCUGCGGCCCGCUCCUAUUCGGCCAGGUUAUAAAAUCCAGCCGGUCAGGGCGACGCAGCAGGACGAGUCUCUGACUUGUGCGAAGAGGCUGACCAGCAUGGCUCCCUGGCUGUAUCCGACGGAGAAGAGGGAGAAACCCAGGACAAUGCAGCAGAAGGUCCCCCCGACUCAGCACAGCCUGGCCCAUCCCACCGCCAGUCUGCCGGUGUCGAGCUGCGACAAACCAGGGAGAUACUCUCGACACCAGCCUUUAUUACAUCCGGUUUUUCUCCCCAACAGAAUGAGACUACCUCAAUCUCAACUAAUAUACCGACACGUCCCGAUGAGCCCCGGUCACUCUGCUCUCAUGGGGUCUGUUGUUUACCCGUAUCCCUACGGCCUUCCUCUGAUAAAUCCCCAAACUGGAUACGCCCGACCUGCUAUGCAUCUCUUUUACCCUCACAAGCUGUGAUUCUUGGUAUUUUAACUCUAGACUUCAAUAACAACAAUAAUAAUAACUAGAACGGGCACUCGGUAGAGCGCAUACCUUCGCAUAUCACAAGAUUGGGCAUUGAAUUAUGAACAUGUUGGCAUUAGUUGCAUGCCAAUCGGAUACAAAUUGACCGCGCUAUGGUAAAAAGAAGAUGUUCACCUUUUCUUGACCUUUGACCCGAUCGAUCCCGACAUCUAAUCAAAUGGUCCCCGGAUAAUAACCAAUCAUCCCACCAUUCGGUUUAAUACUUUUUGAGUUAUGCGAAUAACACGCAAACACGCACGCACGCAUACAAAUAAAUACACAGCGAUCAAAACAUAACCGUCCGCAUUUUCAAUAAGUGCAGUUUGAGCUGGCUGGCCUCGUUGUCUGUUGCUCAUAGUCAUUUUGGUAAAGCCCUACUUGUGUUUUUAACACGCUUAACUAUGCAACACAGACAUAUUUAGGUGAUGUGGCUUCACAGUCAUCCCCCAGUGGUGAACUAGUUACGGUCAGAACGGUGCGACUGUGCUGACCUUCUGCGGUCAAACCAAACUACGCUGAAGGUAAAGGAAGUGAUGGCUCGAGAUAUGGUAAUUAUAUGAUCACAGUGAAACAAGUUCAAUCUGGAUCGAACGGAUGCAUCAUCUCUUUAACAGAACUGUGCUAAAUCUACUUAUUAAAUGUACGUAUUUAGUUUUUCUAUAGUUUGAUUAAAUGCUAAACAAUAAGCCAUGCUUAUGCAAUGAUAUAUUUGUCUGAUUAUGCUAAAUUCCCAAUAGCUGGCCUAAAUAUAACCGUUUAAAUUGAUCUAAACCACAGUUGUUGCACAUUUGUUCUCACUUCAACAAUUUAAAUACUUUGUGUUGAAAGCAAAGAAACCUUGUUGUUGAACUGAAUUGUGAAGUAUGUCGGACAUAAUGCUACUUCAUCAGGACUGUUUGUAUCAAUGUUUAGACAUUUAGAUCGUAUAAGCAGAUCUUAUCGUCAUGCAAAUGUACUGAGACAGAAUGAUCAUUGAAAAAUGUCAACAAUCAACAUUAAAAUGUCUAAAAAAUGU